AUGGCCCUAAGUCUGCAAGAGGAGUUGACCUGUCCAGUUUGUCUGGAAAUUUCCCUCACCCCAGUUUCACUCUCCUGCACACACAUUUUCUGCUUUCCUUGCGUGCACAGAUGGAUGCUAGAAGACUGGGAGCGGAAGGUGACCUGCCCCGUGUGUCGAGAGGAAAGCGACAGAACCCCCGCGGAAGACUUGAUAAUUGGAGGAAUAUCCCUGCUGUUCACACAGCACCCUGCCCUACUGAAGAAAAGCCUGCACGUAAGCAGUGAGUUGCUGAGGUUCUGGGAGGAUAUGACCCUGGAUCCCAGCACCGCCCACUCCUUCCCCAUCCUCUCUGAGGACCUCAGGAGUGUUCGGUGCGGGAAUGUCUGCCACAACCCCCUGGAAGAUCCCGAGAGGUUCGCCUACCUGGCCUGUGUCCUGGGCACCCAGUGCUUCUCCUCCGGCCGCCAUUACUGGGAGGUCGAAGUGGGAAAGGGGGAGGAGUGGACCCUGGGGAUCUGCAAGCAAUCAGUCGACCAAAAGAGAAAGGACGGUUUUACCUCUGAGAAAGGCUUCUGGUUUAUCAGCAAGAAGGCAGAAACCAUCUAUACCGGCUCCAACCCAGAAACCAGCCUUCCUGCGAGCCCUGAACUGAGGCACGUAGGAAUUUUCUUAGAUGUUGAGAUGGAAGAAGUCAAGUUUUUUGAUGUGCAAGGUAACGCCCUCAUCUAUACACACAGUCAUCUCUCAUGUGUGGAGCCUUUGCGUCCAUUCUUCUGUCCCGAGCUGCCUAGAGAAGGUGAUAGUGGAGCCUCCAUGAAAAUCUGCUCAUGA